UUGCGAGCCUUAUUCAGAUGUGGAAAGUUUAGCAUGGAGGAAAACAGUGGCAACGCCAAUUUGGGAAAUUUGUUGCCCAACAAACGACCUGGCAACAAGAAUCGCCAGAGACGCUUACCCAGCCGCUUGGAGCAGCAGCUGACCAAGCGGGAGCGCACCACAAAGUUGCCGCUAGUUGGCGCUUUGGUGCACAAGGCGCUGCAAGCACGCGAAGCGGAAGCAGAAACUAAAGCCUCUACUACGAAGAUACCACAGCAGCCAGACACAAACAACCAAGACAACAACAGCAACAGUAACAACAACAACAACGACCCCACAUACGGCAAGGAGAGUUUAAACUGUAGCAUGGUUCUGCCGUUCGGUCUGGGCCCCGAUGGCCACCAUGUGGAUGCCAUACAGAGCGCACCGGCGCCAAGUGCACCACCCGCUCAUAUGGUGGUGCCCCCACUCUAUUCACGGGGCCAGACAAACAUAUACACCGGUGUGCCCAUCAUUGUGAAUCCCUACAUCGAUUUCAUUGUCGUCAAUGGCGAUGAUCGUUAUAUGAUACGCUGUGAGCGAAAAUCGGUGCUUGAACGCAGCGUCGAGUUGGCCAAAUUAAUACAUGCCGGCCCGAACAGUGGCCGUAAGAGCGACAACCACUUUCAGAUAUCCAAUGUGGAUAAGAACGAUUUUGAGCUAAUCGUGCGCUAUAUGGAAAAGCAUUUUAUACCCUAUCGUGAUCACAAGCAUCUGCUGAAGAUACUCGAACUGGCGGAUCGCUUCAAUGUGCCCGAUUUGAUAAUUUAUUGUAUUCGUGAACUUGAUCUCAGCAUUUCGAGUGCGACCGCAUUGGACAUAUUCAAGGCGCUGUGGUUCUACCAGGGCAUUGCGCUGACCAAUCAGCACCAGACGGUGAUCACCACUCAAGAGACUGCACAACAGUUGGCUCGCAAGCAGGCGACCAAGGCGAAGGCGGCCAAACAAUUGGCCGCCGCUCAGGCGGCCCAGACGAACGAGAAUGGUGCCGAUGGAGAUGCCGCUCAGGUGAAUCUCAUACCCAAUCCGAAUCCGUUUACCACCGAGGACUAUGGUGUGGCGCUGCUGCACAACACCCUACAGCUGAUCGAUAUGCAUGCCGAGCUGCUGCUCUCCAUGUCGGCGAUCAAUGAGCUGCGCUUCGAGGAGCUCGAGACGCUGGCCAAGCGUGACACGCUCCAGUUGCGCUCCGAGUUGACCCUCUUCGAGUGCCUGGCCAACUGGAGUCUGGCGGAGUGUGCGCGCAAGAAUCUCGAUGGUACGCUCGACAAUCGCCGCAUGGUGCUCGGUCCGCUGUGCUUAACGCCGCGCUAUCUUUGCAUGACUGCCACAGAAUUUCGACGCUGUUGCGAACGCAUCGAAAUGCUGCCGCCGCUGGAGACAUCCCUAGUCAGCGAUGCCCUCGAGGGCAAAAAGCUAAAGAACCUCACGGACCAGCAAACGGAACUGCUGGAGAAGUUUCGCACACCACGCGCCGAAUACGCCCGCAUGCCUGUGUAUCUGAGCGACCGGAGCAGUCCAAAGAACUAUCCAAAGAAGAUGCGGUUGGCCCACGAGGGUCGAGCCACCGAGGAGGGCUGCUGGGAGAAGGUGGGCAUUAACUGCCUGCGCGUGUUUGUCUGCAUUUUCGAUUGAUCCGAUGGCGAUGAUCCCACAUAGACUUGUUGCAUUAACGAAUAUUAGCGCUUAUGAAUUACAUAUAUACAUACAUAUACACACACACAUA